CACAAGCAGUGCAAGUCUGGUCUCAUCGAAAUGUCUUCCAAAUGUUGUGGUGACCUGUUGACAGUGGUGUUGUUGAUGUGCUGUUUACUAGUGUGUUUCAGUGUUCAUGCGCGUUUGAAUGAGGCGAUGAGAACGGAGUUGUUGACUCUGCACAAUAACGCAAGACAAUCUGUUCGCAAUGGUCAGCUGCAAGGACAACCGAGAGCAGUCUCAAUAAAAUCACUGAGAUGGAAUACGGAAUUGGAGAGGAAAGCACAAAUGCUGUCUGACAAGUGUCGUGUUGGACAUGAUACAAAUGCUGAUCGUAAAAUACCACAAUUUCAAUAUGUUGGACAGAAUUGGGCAGGUGCGAAAGACAUAAAAACCGGAUUCCAAUUAUGGCUGGAUGAAUACAAGAACUACGACUUCUACACAAAAACCUGUCGUAUGGGUCAGUGUGGUCAUUAUACUCAGAUUGUUUGGGAAGACACUACUGAUGUUGGAUGUGGUGUUACGAAAUGUCCCAAUUUCCCAUACGGACUGAGCAUUGUGUGCAAUUAUGGACCUGGAGGCAAUUACAUAGGACGUCAGGCAUAUCAAACAACUGGAGAAAGCAUCAAUACUGAGUCGCAACAAAAUCAACCACCAUCACGACCACCACAAGAAACCAACACUAACACGUAUGAUAACAAUGAUGAGCCGCCAUCUCCUUCUUCAUACUUACAAUAUCCUACUAGUUCAAACUAUGGUUCAAAUAAAUUAAUUCCGAACUCCAUGUAUAAUUAUGAAUAA